GUCCAAAAGCGAAAUAGAGAGUGUGGUGGAGUGGUCAUCAAACCAUCGGAUUACUGCGCUAUUAAAUUGGAUACAUUUCCCCAAGAUACAUAGCCAAAAUGCUGGUGAGACAUUUGAACAGCCUGCCUUGGGCUUUGCUGGCGGUUCUUCUGCUGGCUGCUCUGAAGCUCCAUGUGACCAAUGCGGAAUCCAGUGGCGAACAAAAGGAGGUGGAGGUGGAGAGUGCCAGCACGGAGAGCAACGAGAUCAUUCCCAGGGAGGCCAUUCAAAAGCUGGACUACUCUGUGAGGCAGGCUUUACUUCGGGCCAUUGAUAAGCUGGAACAGGAGGAGGCGGCUGCCACGGAGAGUGGUGAGGAAAGUACCAGCAGCAGUGGUUCCCAUUCCCUACUCCUCCGAGCAGAGACCUCCACUUUGCCAUCGCACCGCGACAAGGAUGAGAUUCUGGAGGAGAGCACCAGGGGAAACGAUCCGGAGCCAGUGGUGCCCACUGUCCAAUUCUACACGGCCACCUUUGACGAGAAGAAUGCCCAGGAGCAGCUGCUCUCCUCCUUCAUCGAUCGCUCCAAACUGUGGAAGAAGACCACCAUCCGGAAACUAAACCAACCCGCCGCUACCCUGUCCCUUGAACCAAAAUCCGCGGAGGCCGAAGGUCCAGAGAAUCGUCAGCUCACCCGGAGCGUGGAUAGCUCCAUUUCCGGAUCCGUGAGCAGCAAUGAGAUCUCCCACGACAGCGGCAGUCACGAGAUCAAAUUCGAGAUCAGCAAUGUGCGAAAGACCACCACGCCCACGACAACCACGUCCACGAGCACUACCACGACCACUACGCCCAGACCUCGCACCACCAGACGUCGCACCACCACAACGACGACGACCACAACCACAACCACUCCUAGGCCCACCCACAAUGAGGACGGGGAGAACAUAGAGCUGGUGGACAAGCAGGACAUUCGCAUCCAGGAAGCGCCACUCGUGACCGCUUUCACGGUGGAUCUGGACGAGCGUGGCACUGCUCAAAAGUUCCGCCCAUUGCUGGCGGGCAACCAGCUCCAUCAGCGCACCAGCAACUUUGCCCAGCAGCAGCAGCAGCAGCUGCCCCACAUCGGACCAACCAUCACUAAGCUGAAUGUUUUGGAAACAGAGCCACCGGCUACUCCGCUGCCCACUCAGUUCCCACCCACCGGCGGCAGCAGCUCCACCACCCAGAUCAGCACGAGCACCAGUGCCGGCGGUGGUUUCUCCACCACUCCCGCCUUCCUGGCCAGCUCCACAAGCAAUUAUGUAAAGCAGGAGCCUCUGAACAAUCUGCCUGAGCCACCCAGUGUAAACAACUACCUGAUCGAGCGACAACGAGCUUUGGAGCAGCAGAUCUACCAGCUGAAGGUCCAGGCACAACAGCAACAGGCUCUGAUCCUGCGCCAACUGAAGCUGCUUGAGGAGCAGACCCAGAGCCGUUUCCAGGGCUCACCGAUUGCCCAACCCAGCACUUUGCAACCGCAGCACCAACAGCAACAGCUGCAACAGCAGCCGCAGCAACAGCAGCAGCAACUGCCGCAAGUACAGCAGCAACAACAGCAGCAGCAAUUGCCGCAAGUACAGCAGCAACAACAGCAGCAACAUGGUCCGCUGGAGGCCAUUCAGACGGGUCUGCAACCGCCCACUUUGGGCGGUGGUUACUCCAUAAGACCUUCGGUCGAAUUUAUACCCAGCACACAUACCAAGACUGUUAUUUAUCCCACAUAUCCAAUUGAGCAGCAAUUGCCACUGCGCGAUGCCGUUUCGGGUCAUAAAUUCGCCCUGCACAAUGGCAACAUAAACGCGAAUAACUAUCAGAAGCCGCCAGCGAAUGCAGUGCAGCAGAUUUUCCAAAAUUUGCAGCAAUCUCUGCAGAAAGCGAAUGAAAACCCCCAGGUCCAGCCCUCCAAUCAGUUCAACUUUGCACCGGCCGAGGCGUCGCAACUUCAGGCCUUGCCCCAUAACAAUUACAAGCCAUUUCAACAGCAGCAGCAGCAGCAACAGCAACAGUUGCUGGUGCCCAACUACGUCAGCAAUGCGGUGUUCCACCAGCAGCAGCAGCAACAGCAGCAGCAACAGCAACAGCAGCAGCAGCAAAGAGCUCGGCAAUUCCGCCAGGAGACGGGAGUGGGUAACUUCGGGUUGAACUCCAAUGUGGAGAUCCAGCCGAGCAACUCCUUUGCCACCACGAUUAUUAGCCAGCAGCCUGGCCUCAGUGCCAAUCCCAGCCUGGAGAACCAGAACUUCUACAGGCAGCAUUUGACGCCCCAGUUGAGCAACCAGUUGCAGCACAACGCGCAGCAAUAUCUGCAGCAGCAACAGCAGCAGCAGCAACAGUUGCAGCAACAGCAGCCGAAAGCCAGCGGCGACAUUAGUCCAGCUCUCAACCAUGGGAUACCGCAGUUCGCCUCACAAAACCUGCACUUCAACGGGUCAUUUUGA